AUGUCGCCUAUGAACACCGGUGGACGGCCUGUCAGGGUUGCUAAUUGCUCUGGAUAUCAUGUCUGUACUGACUGUCCUGAAGGCGACCCUGCCUAUGAGAUGUAUCGCCAAGCAACCCUCGGAGAUAUCGACUUCAUCACGGGUGACUAUCUCGCUGUAAUGGGAAAUAAGGCUGACUGUAUCCCUUAUGAAGAGGUCAACCUGGCAAACAAUGCACAAGCCUUCCGACGCGGCGAGCAUGCAGGAUAUGAGGAAACCGCUUGGGAAGGAAUCAAACAAACCAUCGACGUGAUCGCUGACAAAGGCAUCAAAGUGGUGAUCAAUGGUGGCGCUCUCAACCCCAAGGGUCUAGCACUGAAAGUAGACGAAUUGUGCCGCCAAAAAGGUCACGCUCUGAAUGUCGCCUAUCUGUCUGGAGACGACCUCUAUCCCAAACUUGGCCCUCACAUGCCCCGAACGCCCGAAGAGCUAAAGCAUCUUGAUUCAGGGAAUGAGUCCGUCAAGCCAGGCACUCUCACUUAUGCCUUUACGAAGGCCGACGACCCCGUCCCAAUGGUCUCGGCGCACGCAUACCUCGGCGCUCGGGGCAUUGUGGAUGGUCUCCGUCGAGGAGCUGAUAUUGUAAUCUGUGGCCGGGUCUCAGAUGCUAGUCCGGUUAUUGCAGCCGCGUGGUUCUGGCAUUCAUGGUCAGAGACAGACUAUGAUCGUCUGGCUGGGGCUUUGGUUGCUGGGCAUUUGAUUGAAUGCUCUGCCUAUGUGACCGGUGGUAAUUUCUCUGGCUUUGACCGGUAUCCAGUUGACACUUUUAUUCACCCUGGGUUCCCGAUUGCGGAGAUCGAUUCUGAUGGUACUUGUGUUAUUUCUAAGCAUCUUGGAACUGGUGGACUCAUAGAUUGUGACACCCUGCGGUGCCAGUUUUUGUAUGAGCUUCAAGGGAACAUUUACUUGAAUAGUGAUGUUAGUGCUACGUUGGAUGACAUAGUUGUCGAGCAGAUUGGAGAAAACAGGGUGAGUGUUCGAGGAAUUCGAGGACACGCGCCUCCUCCAACGACCAAGUUGGCUGUUUUCUACCAAGGAGGCUUCGAGGCUCAGGUACUCCUCAACGCUACGGGGUAUUCUACUGAUGCCAAGUGGAACCUGGUUGAAAGACAGAUUCGACAUUUCAUCGACCAGAAGGCCAUUGAUCAUAUUGAUACACUUGAAUUUCAAAGGCAAGAACAAAGCUCAAUUGGCGUUCCUGCGUCCAACCCAGUAUCCCAGCGAAGCAGCACAACUUACCUCCGUAUUUUCAUCGCUGCAGCUACCCCAGAAGCCGUCCUUGCUGUACUAGGGUCCCUGAAAGAUAUCUCAUUGAAGCAUUUCUCGGGCUUUCACUCAUCCCUCGACAUGCGCACAGCGAUUCCACGCCCAGUGCUGGCUUACUAUCCAGCAAUUAUAAAGCAAGAAGAUCUCAAUGAAGAAAUCAAUUUUAUUGGCGGGUCAGAUUCUAUUAAUUCAUUCCCAACAGGUCAUCCACCAGCAUAUGAAGAUCUUCCACCCCGUCAAAGUUAUGAUCACAUCCCCACCAGCGAAGAACAAGCCCUACUUAACUCGCCUUCAAGAUCAAUCAGACUGGGGGAUAUUGUCCUGGCACGAUCCGGCGAUAAAGGGGCCAACCUCAAUUUCGGUCUUUUCGUCACUGAAGAGAAGCACUGGUCUUGGUUGCGGUCAUAUAUGAGCCGCGAGCGGGUACGGGGAAUGCUUGCUCAAGACGAGGAUUGGGAUGAGUCGUUUUUGAUUGAGAGAGUUGAGUUCCCGCACAUACGGGCUGUGCAUUUUGUUAUCUAUGGCAUUCUUGGUAGGGGUGUCAGUAGCUCUAGUCGGUUGGAUGGGUUUGGGAAGGGAUUUGGAGACUUCUUCCGGGACAAGUUCGUUGAGGUUCCUGUUUCGCUUUUAGAUUAA